AUGUCCUAUCGUGGAGAUCACUAUAAUAAAAGUACAUCCCAUUCUAAUUAUUCUGGAAUCGCACAAGAUAAAGGCAGGCGAUCCACUGAUAAUCAGUACAGUUAUCGUAACCAGCAUUCGUACCAUAGUGUUCACCAAGGACAACCAAAUCAUACUGGCCAGCAACAUAGAGAUCCAAAUGCUGGUACUUAUCCGCAUUACGGACAAUCUCCCUCUUAUCGUCACAGUUAUUGGGACUAUCCAAAUGAUCCAGGCGACUAUGAUGGACAAACCUAUCAUCGGCAUAACAACCACAUGGAUUCUUUCUACAGCAACAGCAGCAGCUAUAACGCACAAAUGAACAGGUUAUCUUCCCAACAAUACAAUGGCAACUAUAUAGACAAUUCACAACGGCCAACUUCUAAACAGAAACAACCUGUACAUUCUUCUCAGGGGAAUAAUUCCAACGGUGAAUCCAAGCCUACACAGUCAAAACCCAAGGCCAUAAUUAAAUCAUACAAUUUAGGAGAUGCUAAACAGGGGAAUUUUAUAUCUGAAAUGAAUAAACCAUUCAACUCUACAGAAAAAAUAAAAUCAUGGAAAGUUUCUCAAAUAAAAGAUCCAGUGACACAAAAAGUCAAGCUAAAUAUGAAAUAUAUCGAUAAUCCACUUGAGAAAACAAUUAUAGAUCCAAGGAAAAACUCUACUAGCAACUACUCAAAAGCUUUACAGAAAUCGGUCUGUCCACCGAUUGGAAACUUGAAAAUCCCGACCUUCAAAUUCGAUAAAUACUCAUUGGGUGAAAAACCUUCAAAUGAAAUAGUUAUUUGGAACCUCCAUUCAACUACCAGUUCGCUGGUCAUUAAAAACAACUUAUCCGUAUAUGGUUCAAUAUUGGAAUUGAAAAUGGUUGAUGAUCCAUUGACUGCCGUUCCACUAGGAAUGUGUACAGUUAGCUUUGAUGGCAAAGUUGAACAGGCGCAUAAGAUUGCAUUGAAAGUUAUUGAGACCUGUAAUAAGAAGCUACUAAUCCAAGGAAGAUAUAUUAGAUGUGGAUUGAACGUCAGAAAUAUGCUAUACAAUGAGAUUUAUGAAAAAUCCAUAAAUGCCAGAAACGAACAUUUGAAAAAGCGGACUGCUGAAGAGAUCAAAAGAGAGGAGAAAAACAAAGCUGAAUUGGAAAGAAUUGAAAGAGCCAAAAAGGAAGAAGCUUCAAGGCGGGAAAGAGAAGCGAGAGGAGCAAGAGCAGCAAAAGAAUCCAAGGAUGGACCUAGUCGAGAAUCUAAUUCCAACGAACCAGUUGGGACAAUCUCAAGGAAGUUGCCUUUGUCUCAUGAUAAGAGGAUUCUGCCGUUAUCUGCAUUUCAAUUGAACUAUAAGCUUCAAAAAAUAGUGUCUAACCGUCCUUACAUAUUUAUUGCAGAUAAACAUGUCUCAUCGAUGAAUGUAAGCUCCGAUCACUUGAGGCGGUUUUUACGUAAAUAUAAUAUUUCAAGAAUUUUGCAGCAAAGAAGUGGUUUUUAUUUGGUUUUCAACAAAGUGAAAGAAGCAUUGGAAUGUUUUGAUGAGGCUGAUGGCAGGAGGUAUUUUAACUACAGACUUCUAAUGACCCUUUAUAUUCCGGAUGAUCAAAUUGACCAGACUAGAGUCGGUAAAGCAGGCGUAUUCAAAGCUGCCAAGGAUCAGAUCUCUAAAGAAUUGAAUGCUUAUUUAUUGAAAGAUGUACGGGAAAAAAUAAUUAGUCAGAUGAUUUUGGAUAUUCUAGAAACUGAUGAAAUAGGAGAGUUUGCUAAGGAAGCUAGAAUACGUAAAGAGGAAGAGCUAAAGUUAAUUGAAAAACAAGAACCUGUAAAAUCUAUUCACGAAACUGUUCGGGUUGUGAAAAAGAUUGAUUUGAAUAUCUUUAAAAAAUCAACGAAAAAACGUUUUGUUCCGUUAAGUCAUGCUCUCAAUAAAGAUGUACAAAAAAGCGAUGAGGACAGUGAUGAUAGCGACGAUAGUGAUGAUGCACAUGCUGAUAGAGAAAACAACCUUAAAGUAAAAGAAGAUACAGCUGAGAAUCCACAAAAACACACACUAGAAGCCGUUGAUAAUAAGCCUCCAAAGAAAAAAUUCAAGGUCACCAAGCCCGGAGAAGACCUAUGUGAAGAAGAGGAAGGUGAACAAGCACCUCCAAUAUCAGAUGACGACGCUAAAAUGCUUGAUGAUACUAUGUCAGAGAUUACGUCGCCAGAAAAUGGAGGUGAAUCAAAAAUAUACGACAUCUAUUCUCCCUCAACAAACCCCCCAGGCCCAGUAUUCGACGAUAUAUCCCAACCGUUCAAGCCUACUAUUGGCCAUCUAAGAAAUCUAGUUAAAACAGAUGAAGAUUUUGCUAUUUUAUCCGAACUCUGUAAAGAUACCAAGAAUGAUAAACCAAUCAAAAAUAUGGAAUUUUGGGUAUGGCAGCAUACCCAGUAUGUUCAAGAAUGUAAAAAAGCCCUUGAAAAAGAUGAAAGGGACAAAGAAAAAUCGGAAUCAGAUGAGGUUCUUGAUUUUGCCAAGGAAGUUUUGAGUAACAAAGAUUUGAAGAAUGUUUCUGGAUGCUUUAGAACUGAACCUUAUCAUAAAAUUUCCGAUAACCUCAAAAGUGGAUAUCUAUUGCAUAGGAGAAAGUUAACAAACUUAAAUCCUGUUAAACAUGAAAACAAAGAUGAGUCUAUUCAUGUUCAGCAUAAUAAUGCACAAGGUUCAAGGGCUAAUCGUGCUAAUACCAGGAGGUUUGUUGCUGAUAUAUCUGCCCAAAAACAAAUAAUUGGUGAAACUGAUUUACUCGAUUUGAAUCAGCUAAACAAGCGUAAAAAACCUGUCCAAUUCUCAAGAAGUGCAAUUCAUAACUGGGGGUUAUAUGCGCUAGAGCCUAUAAGUGCAGGUGAAAUGAUCAUUGAGUACGUGGGUGAAAGGAUCAGACAACAAGUUGCUGAAAUCCGGGAGAAAAAGUAUUUAAGAUCAGGUAUCGGUUCGUCAUAUCUUUUUCGAGUUGAUGAGAACACGGUCAUUGAUGCAUCCAAGAAGGGAGGGAUAGCAAGGUUUAUCAAUCAUUGCUGUGAUCCCUCCUGUACUGCUAAGAUCAUUAAAGUUGGAGGGAAAAAGAGAAUUGUGAUUUAUGCCUUACGAGACAUUAGGAAAAACGAAGAGCUUACUUAUGAUUAUAAGUUUGAAAGAGAACUUAAUGACCAGGAAAGAAUUGUGUGUCUUUGUGGAUCACCUAACUGUAAGGGAUUCCUUAACUGA